CAUCACCAGUAAUUCUCCAGCCCAGCUCCAGUCUCCCAAUCCCUCCCAUCCAUUACCACACCUCGCAGAGAUGUCAACCCAAAAACUAGCAGCCUCCGCCUCCCGGCAAAUAAACGCCGUCGUCGUCUCCGCGGGCCUCAUGUCCAAAACCGUCAAAGUACGAAUCGGCCAACAAAAAUGGAACGCCCACAUCAGAAAACAUUUCAACCGGUCCUCUCACCUGCUAGUCCACGACCCAGCCUCCUCGUUACGAAUCGGCGACAUCAUCAGUAUUUCGCCAGGGUGGAGAGCCAGCAAGAAUGUGCACCAUGUGGUGAAUUCGAUAUUGGCGCCGUUUGGGGAGCCGAUUGAGGCGCGGCCGAAGGUGCCGAGUGAGGAGGAGAGGUUGGCGAUGAGGGAGGAGAAGAGGGCGAGGAAGGAUGAGAGGAGGAUGGUUGCUAGAAUGGGUGAGCCUGUUGAGAAGGAAGGUGAGGCGUGAGAGUGUGGUGAUUCCCACGGACGGGAAGCGUAUGAGUGUGAGGAACGAAAGAGUGGCGUUUGGUGGGAUUAUAUUGUAUAUCAUAUGUAUAUUUGUGCGAUGGGAAAGCAUUGCUGGGCGCAGGACAUCUGGAGAGUGUACUAUACCACAAAACACAAUUCUGCACUAAUCACCUCUAGACGAAAGACAAGGUGGACUUUUG